AUGCGCCCUGCCCUGGGGAAGCCCUCCACUGCCUCGGGGAGGGCCAUCGCUGCCCAUGAGUGGACAGACUCCUUCCCUGUGGUCAUAAUAGUGCGUGAGCUUCCUCACCCUGCAGUGCCAGAGAAGCAGCAGGACCGUUGUGUGUAUCCGGCUCGGGAACACUGGGGUGACGAGGACGAUGGGGAUGACGAGGACGAUGGGGAUGACGAGGACGAUGGGGAUGACGAGGAUGACAGGGAUGACAGGGAUGACGGGGAUGACAUGACCCCAACCUACAGCACUGCCCCCGGGCCUGGGGUCCCUGCUACUCCAUGUGGAUGGCCUGUAAGCAGAGAAGAGAACCAAGACAAGAAGCUGGUCAUGCUCACCCACCAGCCCGAGGAUUCUGAGAGGUGCGAGAGCGUGGAGCUGGACAAUAAAAUCCGGGAUCUGAUAGAGAGAAAUGCUUCUCUUGAUCCMAAAGGGGUCCCCCCAGAGGCCACGCUGAGUCACAGGAAUGCAUGUCCUCCAAAGACUCCCAGGAAAACAGCUUCUGUGGCACAUUUUGUCCAGGGCACAGCUGGAAUGAGCACUGUGGACAGUUCCGCGGACCAAGCAGAGAGUGCUCAAUCAUCAAGAAGAAAGAAUUUGACAGAUCCUCUUGAACAAAAGAUAAGGUGCUUAGAGAAACAGAGAAAAGAGCUCCUGCAAGUCAAUCAGCAGUGGGACCAACAGUUUAGAAGCAUGAAGGAGUUGUAUGAAAGAAAGGUGGCGGAGCUGAGGACCCGGCUGCGCGCGGCCGAGGGCGCCCUGGGCGAGCUGGAGWGCGAGCGGCGGAGCCAGAGCGCGGGUGGCGCCGCCCGGGGCCCGCGGCGGGAAGAGGUGGGCGCCCGCGGGGUCUGCGUCGGGUGGACCCCGGGCUCCAGCACCGCGGCGCGGGCGCGGUUGCGCGUCUCCAAGGCCGUGGACAGGAACAUCUUGGCCCUGGUCCCCGGGCUCUGCUUGUUAUGGCCGGAGAGGAGCGCCAAGGCCACACGCCGCACUUGGUUCUCGGUGUCGCAAGAAAGGGAAACUCUAAACGAAGAAUUACAGGAACUGAAGAAAGAGAAUAAGCUUUUGAAGGAAAAAAAUGUUCUUGCGAUGAAGAAGAAAGAGCAUUAUGAAUGUGAAAUACAACGCCUUAACAAGGUUCUUCAGGACGCCUUGAAAAUCGAGGGCGYGUCGUCUCCUGGGGACCAGCGGGGCAUGUGCCCUGUGGAGUGCAGCCACGCGGCCACGAGAACGGAAGUGGAAGUUCUCAAGCAGCAGGUACAAAUCUAUGAAGAAGACUUCAGAAGGGAGCGAUCCGAUCGGGAAAGGCUCAGUCGAGAGAAAGAAGAGCUGCAGCGCGCUCAUCAGGCUUCCCGCGCCCAGCUGACCCGGCUGAGUUCCCAGAUCAAAGUUUGUCAGAUGGAGAAAGAAAAACUAGAAAAACAACUGAAACAGAUGCAUUUCCCGGCCUGCACCUGUGGCUUGGCUUUCCACCUGCGGGACCYGGGGGUGCCAGCAGGCCCACGCGCCACGCAGGACCAGUGGGAGCACCCGGUAAGUAAGAGGUCCCAUUUCAACAGAUCGCGUCGGCGUCCUCUGCUGCCGGGCCCUCCGAGGUACGCUCUGGACCUGCUUCCGCCAGACGGGCAGCACGAGGACAACGUGUGCCGGGUAGAUGCAGAGCUGGACAGGAGGACUGCCAGGCAGCACCUCACAGGAGUAGACUUAGAGGAAGCACAGUUGGGCAUGGCCUAUUCCGAACAGAACCCACCCUGA